AGAUUCAACUCGUCCGAGCACCAGCGCAGCUCUUCACUUAUUCCCACUGUCACUAUCACGCUUUGAUCGAUGUCGUGACGCACUGACAAUAUCUCGGUUUCCCCCCGUGCCAGGCUGAUUUUACUCAUCACUCAAAACGGAAUUGUUUUUGUUGUGAUUUGUUGUUAACUCUCCCGUGAGACUUUACUUUUGUCUGAACACUCUGAAGACAUUUAUUCCAUGUUGAAUAUGGCCACACCGGCUGCGCUCCUACCCGCGACACCGAUGGCCCACGCGCCUCCGAUGUCGAUCUCCGCGGUUGUCAACUCCUCGACCCCGGCGACCCUCUCGCCUUCACCGUCCGUCACCCCAGCCGGACCGAGCCUCUUCAGAACGGAACUGCUCUCCUCCGCGAGCCCGGGCAUCCCCAUCGGCAGUCUCCCGCACAAACCUGUGUACUCCACACCAUCUCCGGUGGAAAACACUCCGCAAAACAACGAGUGUAAAAUGGUCGAGGUCCGUGGCGCAAAGCUGGCGUCUUUCACUGUCAACGGCAACGAGCUCAUCUGUCUCCCGCAGGCGUUUGACCUCUUCCUCAAGCACCUGGUCGGCGGACUGCACACCGUGUACACGAAACUUAAACGUCUGGAGAUAACGCCCGUGGUGUGCAACGUGGAGCAGGUUCGCAUCCUCCGUGGACUGGGCGCGAUUCAGCCUGGAGUCAAUCGCUGCAAACUUAUAUCGAGAAAAGACUUCGAGGUCCUGUAUAACGACUGCACCAACGCAAGCUCCAGACCUGGCAGACCUCCUAAAAGGACCCAGAAUGUGACAUCACCCGACAGCCCUCAUGUCCUACCCCACUCCGUCUCUGGACUCAUGUCUUCAGGAUUAAUGUCUCACACUGGCCUAACAGCUGCGACACUCGCUGAAGCCAUGAAGAAGAAGAUCAAAUUGGAAGUGAUGAACAGUUACCAUGGCAAUAAUAACCACAGCGCAGAUUCUGAGAAUGGUGACAUCACCUCCAGCAUGGGUUUGGAGCUGCCAUUCAUGAUGAUGCCACAUCCCUUGAUUCCAGUCAGUCUGCCUCCUGCGUCGGUCACCAUGGCAAUGAACCAGAUGAACCAUCUCAGCACUAUUGCCAGCAUGGCAGCUGCUGCUCAGGUCCAGAGUGUCCCGUCCAGAAUGGUGACUUCAGUAAUAAAGGAGCGAGUUCCAGACAGUCCGUCACCUGUACCCUCUUUGGAUGACGGUCGCAGGUCAGGGAGCCAUUUAUCCUCCAGACAGAGCAGCAGCGUGUCCAGUUCUCCUGCCCACACAGAGAGCUCUUCUGACCGGCCACAUUUACAUCAGAAUGGUCUGUCUCUUGGCCAUGCCUUGUUAGGCCUUUCUCCAAGUGCACCACCAGGACCAAAAGAGGGGGAUCUGGCAACCCAUGACACAGUGCAUGAAACAAAGAGGGCUUCUACAGAAAAAGAAGAAAAUGUCCUGUGCACCCCGACAUCACGGGACAGCUAUGAGAGAUUGUCUCAUUCUGGGCCAACAUUACCUCCAGGAUUCCCUGCUCCGUUGCUCUUUCCUGAAGGCCUGUCCUCCAUAGAAACCCUUCUCACCAACAUACAGGGUUUGUUAAAGGUGGCUAUUGAUAAUGCACGAGCGCAAGAGAAGCAGGUUCAGCUGGAGCGCACAGAGCUGAAGAUGGAGCUGUACAGGGAGAGAGAGCUGCGCGAGACACUAGAGAGACAGCUCUGUGUGGAGCAGAAAAACAGAGCGCUCAUCCAGAAGCGACUGAAGAAGGAGAAGAAGACCAAGAGAAAACUGCAGGAGGCUCUGGAGGUGGAGUCUAAGAGAAGAGACCAUGCUGAGCAGACGCUUCAGAGGACAACUUCCUGUGAGAGAUCACCCAUUCACAACGACUCUCAACAGGAAUUGGAGACAAUCCAUAAUACCAGCAAAACAGACACUGAGAGAACAAUACAAGAUGGAAGGCUCUUUCUAAAGUCCACAAUGAUGUACUGAGGAUUGAAGAUGAGGAGCAAAUGCAUUCAAACUGUACAGAAGAGCCUGUAGUCAAUCGCCUGGUAAAUAACGUCUGCAAUUCUGCUGGAGGACUGACGGAAGACAAGGAGGCAGUUUUAUAGGUUGAUGUCAGUGUUUUUGAGGCACAAGGACUUGACAAGAUUAUUAUGGCCAUUGAAAGUCAGCUUUUAGUAAGAUAAAGCGUGAGCCGAGAUGAAUGAAGAAAAUGCUAUCACAAUGCACACCUGGUUGAAAAACCAUGUUUCCAGGGGACUUUUUGCAACACUGAGAAGUAAAAAAAAAAAAAAAAA